AUGCCUUUGGUAUAUAAUCCGUUACCGCUGUUACCGCAGGGAAGUGCCUUGGACGCAGAGAAAUUGGAUAAGACUAGUGUUUUGCUCCUUGCAAGUGGUUCUUUUGUUAAAAUUCAUAAUAAGCCAUGGUGGAACAAUAGCGUUGUCUAUCAGAUUUAUUCGAGAAGUUUCUGUGACUCAAAUGCCGAUGAAAUAGGUGACUUAAAGGGGAUAACUUCAAAGUUGGAUUAUAUCGCGGAAACUGGCAUCAAUGCGAUUUGGCUGUCGUCCAUAUAUACAAGUUCUAUGAUUGAUUUUGGAUACGACAAAUUCGAUUUUGUUGACAUCGAUCCAAUUUUUGGUUCAUUGAAAGACUUUAAAGCUCUUCUGGCGCGCGCUAAAAAGCUCGGUCUAAAAGUAGUUCUCGAUCUUGUGCCGAACCAUACAUCUGAUAAGCAUAUAUGGUUCCAAAAGGCUCUUCAAGGUCAUAAAAAGUAUAAGAAUUAUUAUAUAUGGGCAGACGGCAGAAAUAAUGACGAUAAAACGCCGCCUAACAAUUGGAUUAAUGUAUUUGGUGGAUCCGCGUGGACUUAUGUAAAAUCACUAAAUCAGUGGUAUUUACAUCAAUUUCAGUAUAGACAACCCGAUUUAAAUUUCCAUAAUCCUGCAGUAAGAAUGGAAAUGUUAAAAGUUUUGAAAUUUUGGUUGGAUUUGGGUAUAGAUGGAUUCUACGUCGAUUCCUCUCCAUUUAUUUAUGAAGACUCAGAAUUGCGAGAUGAACUUAGAAGUGAUGUAGACGGGAUGGUAUGUGAUGCAACGUCACAAGAUUAUAAGAGAGAUUAUUUGGAGCAUAAUUACACCAUGAAUUUAAUCGAUACUUAUAAGCUGUUUAGAGAGUGGCGACAUUUUAUGGACUCUUAUACUUUAAAACAUAAUCAGGAUCAGAAGUUGAUGAUGAUGGAGGCGUAUACCGAUCCUAAUCACACUAUGCAAUAUUACGAUUACGCCCUUCUUUCAUUUAAUUUCAAGUUUAUUAUAAAUAUUAAUGCAAAAUCGUCUGCGCAAGAAUUUAAACAACAAAUAGAUCUGCGGAUAAAUUCGAUGCCAAGAGGUAAAAUCGCAAAUUGGGCGAUGGGAAAUCACCCAUCUGAUAAUCCCCGAGUUGCCUCUCGUUCUGAUAGAUCGGAUCAAAUGAUCAUGUUGUCUAUGGUCUUGCCAGGCUUGGUGGUGACAUAUAACGGUGAAAUUGGCAUGGUGGACAAGAAAGAUAUAUCUUGGGAAAACACGCAGGAUUUUCAAAUGCAUAUUGCGGGUUUCAGUGAAGCAAAUUCGACGUGGCUUCCGGUAAAUCAGAACUAUAAGGAGUUGAAUCGGACGAAACAGAUGAAAGCUAAAUCGCACUACAAGAUUUACAAAAUCUUAGUCCACAUGCACCGAACAGAACCGGCCCUUACUGAAGGAAGUUAUAAAUCAAUUACGACAAACAAUGACACUGUUCUAGGUAUAAUCCGAACUAAUGGUAUCCGCGUCGUAUUGCUUCUGAUUAACUUCAGUGAUGAUAAACAAGUUGUUGAUUUGUCACGAGAAAAACUUCCUUCGAUAUUAAAGGUCAAAGUCUCCAGUAUGGGUUUUAAAGUGACACAGAAUUUGGUUAAUGUGAAGAAGAUAGUUUUAUCUGCUAAAGCUGCUGUAGUAUGCAUACAUCCAUACUAAUGCUAUAAAGCUACUAUAGUAUAUACGUCCAUAUGAAUACAUAACUUUCUAACUAUAUUUAUCUACUAUAUAUUCUAGAAAAAUUGUUAACUGCACUUGUAAAUUGUAACUUUUCUUGCAAUAAAAAGAUAUAACUUGA